CUUUGCACCAGUGCUGGCGUUGAGUCUCCCUGGAUGGGAAACUGAGGCACGGGGGGCAAACCCAGGAGUCCCGGUCCCCAGGCCCCGGACCAAACCUGAGAUCCGGGCAGGAAAAUCCCCGUUUGCCAAUCCCGGGUGGGGGAUGGUGCAGCUGGAGGGGGGGCCCCCUCUCCCCCCCGUGCCGGGGGCCUGGGGACCGUGCCGCGCGCGGCUGGCGUGGAGGCAAGGCUCGCGAGAAGGAACCCGGGGCGUCCAGGCCCGGCACCUGCAGAGCCACGGUCCCCCCUUCGUGGCGGGGGUAUUGGGGGCAGAUGCAGUACGAAACAGAGACGGGAGCGAAGGGCGAAGUCCGCUGCAGGGGACGCGGACGGCGCGCGCCGGCCCUCGGACGAUCGGGCGCAAGGAGCCGGUGGACACCGCCUGGUGAAACCCGGCCCGGAGACGAGGCGGCCCAGGAGGAGGAAUCCAGAGCUGUCGUCUGGCGCUCGCCGAGCGCUUUGCAGCAGACCAAUCGCUCUAGGGCUUUCCUGCCGUCAAAAUACCAGCCGGCGUUUCCCGAGGGGCGCCUCAAGCCUAACGAGGGAUGCCCUGGCUCCAUCUCCAGAGCAAGAAGGCUGGGACCCGGCGCUGUAGCUGGUUUAGCCUCCCAGCGACCAGCGGGCAACUUUUUAGGCCACCAGGAAAAAUAGCUUCGGCCUCGCAGCCAUUUUCUUGAGAGCCUGGUUAUGAGGAAAGCCUCUAGAGGAGCCGAGAGCCAGAGCCGCCCAGUACGCCUGCACUCUGCUGGGCUACACGAUGCAGAAGAAUGGGGCAAGCGCCGAGCUCCUGGCCAGAAUCAAGCAGCUGGAAGCUCAUAUGAGCCUGGGACGCAAGCUGUUCCGGCUGGGCAAUUCGGCCGAGGCGCUGGAGGCGGCCAAGCGUGCCAUCCACCUGUCGGACAUGGUGCUGCGCUUCUGCAUCACUGUGGCCCACCUCAACCGAGCCAUGUACUUCGCCUGCGACAACAUCCUGUGGGCCGGCAAGACAGGCCUCGUCCCCCACGCGGACCAGGAGAAGUGGAGCCAACGCUCCUUCAGGUAUUACCUCUUUGCGCUCAUCAUGAACCUGAGCCGGGACGCCUACGAGAUCCGCCUGCUGAUGGAGCGUGAGGCCAGUGGGAAGCGCCCAAAAGGUACUGAGAACGGGCAUCAGGCGCAGGUAGACAACGGGCUGCAGCACCUGGCUCUGCGGCUCCGCAUCCAGCUGCGCCUGCUGGGCCACGUGCUGAGGAGCAACCCCCCGCUGCUGCUGGACCUGGUGAAGAACGCCUGCGAUAUCUUUAUCCCGCUGGACAAGCUGGGGCUCUACAAAACCAGCCCAGGCUUCGUGGGGCUGUGCGGCCUCACCUCCUCCAUCCUGUCCAUCCUCACCAUCGUGCACCCGUGGCUCAAGCUGAAGCCAUAGUGGGGAGCUUCAGCUGGCUCAGGACAUGGGACUGUGCCACCUUCCUCCUCUCCAUCCUUGAUUGGAAGCCAGCACCGAUAUCGGUAACCCCAGGUUGUUCCCUGCCACAGCUCUUGGGUGGGUGGGAAGCACUGAUUUGAUGGGGGGGCAUCAGUCCUGUGGUGUACGGACCUGCCAAUCUGACCUCUGUUCCUGGAAGUCCUUUCUCCGAGCCUUAAAGGACUGGGAAUCCCAGGAGUCGGGCUCAGGGCUGGAGGCAUCAAGGAUUCCCCUCUUAAUCAGCUGUGAAGCUCUGGUUUCUUAGAUAUGACCCAUGACUGGGACAACCCUGUCCUGCUUGGAGGGGCAGGUGAGGAUGAGACAGGUGGCAAUUCCAGAUAACCUGGCUAGUCUCCAUGUGUGUUGCUGAAGCCUCGGGACUAUUCCCUUUAAGGCUGCCCCAGCUUGGACCUCUCUGCUGUGUUGCGGGGAUGUCCCGCUCUCCUGGCUGUGCCUUUUCACUUAGGUUGGAUGGUAGGAGUAGGAGAUCAUUUCUCUCCCUCCCUCUCUGUUAUUUUCUCCCAUGUGGGUUUCCCCACCUCGUUAGAGAGCACUUAAGGAUGCUACAGAUCCCCGUGAUCUGUGAAACUGGCCAGACCUGCUCUCUACCAGCCCUGGGUAUGGACUGCCAGGAGAGGUGGCGUCUGAGUGCAGGUUCUCUUCCUGCCUUUGCCCUGAACGAUCAUACACCUUUCACUUCUCCGUGCCUCCGUUUUCCCAUCUGUGAAGUGGGGAUUAUACAGCCCUGUGCUUCCAAGCCUCUGCUGCUGCUCGGGCAAUCCACUAGACACCCCUGACCUUCAUUCCCAUAAUGGGUUCUUUGUUGAAUUUGUAAUAAGCCAGAGAGGAAGAGAAAACCAGUGAUUUCAUAUUGGAUCCUGAACAGUUGGGAACAGAACCCAGGAGUCCUGACUCCCAGCCCUGUCACUGUUAAGCCAUACUUCCUACUGUCUUUGUGUCCUGACUCUGGGUCACUGGAUCUUUGGGCUUCCCUGUCUGCAGAUCCUGCUCCCCUCAGCAAAGUGAUUGUUUUUAACAGUUCAGAGUUGCUCAAAGGUGGGGAUUCUUAGCUGACAAUGCUGCCGCUGACAAUGCUGCCACUGCCAUGCAAGAUUGAAGAGACCUCCGCUCCUUCUCUCAGAGCUGUGUUAGCUCCUGCUUCAUGAAGAACAAGAUUGUUGUACUGAUGAAGUAAAGACAGUCAUAAAGAAGCAGAGAUCCCCAGCAGUCUGUUUCCAGCUGUCACCAAUCUUCAUGACACAGCCUUCCUUUCCCCAUAGCUCUGGGCAGCUUCUGAGCAGAACCCAAGAAGGUGGUGGCCGUAUUGUCCUCCAUUUGCUACUUUGGUGGGAUCCCAGCUGGGACAAAGCUGAGAGCCACCAUCAGCUCUUUGGGAGAAGUCUGGCGAUUCACAGCCAUGUCCCCCCUGUUGUCCCUCUGAUAGCAGCAACAAUCACGUGAAGAUCGGUUUGGACUUCAGGCUUCCAGUUGGGUUGGUGCAGCUGCCAGGAAAAUGAAGAUGCUGAACUGUCGGGAGCGUGAGUCUUGCCUCUGUAGGUAUCUAUGCCCUACACACAGGGGUGGGUGACUGUUUCAGUCCGACAGUGUUUGCGCUCUCCCCCACAGGUGCCCAUCAACCAGAGUCACGUCCCUGUUAUGUGCCACAGGGACUGAAUCGGACUGCAUUUUGGGGGAAGGAUAGAGUUGGUUGUGUGUCAUUUUGAAACGGUUGAGGGUUACCUAGAGAAAAGUUAUUCUCAUCAAUUGUGGUGCAUCCAUCUGAGGAUGUUCUUGAACAGAUCCCUAAUGUCCUGAUGCACUCUGCCCUUCACAGACAUGAGGGCCUCCGGGUUUUCAGCUGUAGGCUGUGAAGCAGUCCAGGGAGAGACUUCAAUCCUUCAGAAGAUGCUACAACAAAGCAUUCAGCCCAUGAAUUCUCUCAUCCGCCAUCAGCGAACCCAGCUGCCCGUGGCUGCUUUCUCCUGCUAACACCCCGGUUUUGAUUGUUAGAGAGCAAAGCCAUUUGGUUGUCAGAAGUCUGGAACGUACUGUGGGCAGCUGUGACACGUGUCUUCCACCGUCCCUGUCUGGUCACUGUAAAUACUGUACAAUUCACUUGUAAAUAGGCGUCAACUGCUAGCAGAAAGUCCUGUGGCAGCUCUCAGGCUGACACAUUAAAAAGCGAAGCUGCUGAUGCUU